UUACGCGAACGUUGUAAACAAAAAUGGCGCGGGCCGUGAUUGCUGCGUUUGUGCGCUGCAAGUGAGAUUACGUUGGCAAUUCGUUUUCAGUACAACGUAAGCACAACGUGCCAUGACUAGCCUGAACAGGAGCGAUCCCGCCGCCACGACGCGCUUCAAACUCCAGACGGGUGGUUCGAACGACGUAUCUAGCCGAAUAAGCUCGGUGUUCGACGCACUGAACUCACUCGAAGCCGAACACAAGGCUUGGGAGCGCACUCGUAAGGACGACUCUUCAGGACACGAUGAGCCGUACCUCAAGGAAGACCCGGACGUCGGUGACGACUUCGGAACCAAGCCAUCACCGACUUCAGACGGUGUCUUCAAGAGACCGUGGUCAGCGCCGUGCGGUCCGAGCAAGCGUCCUUGCCCGCGGGGCGCAUUUAGGUCCGGUGCUGGUCGCUUCGGUUCUUCGGCCAGCGGCACUCCGGACUACAAAGUCCACCCAGAGCGAUGGACGCGCUACACUUUGGACAGCGUCUCCGAAGACGACAUGUCUGAAGCGAGCAACAAGGCUGCCGCGUUGGACUAUCUACACGAGAGGCGGCUUCAGAGAGAACAGCAGUCGCGGGACGACGAAGACCGUAUCGCUGUAGAUUCCGGCGGAGACGCGCCUGCAAUGGGUAGGCACGUGUUUCAGAAGCGCACUUGGGACGGCGACGCUGACAUGGAAGACGCGACCGCCGAACAACCGCCGUCGCAUCGGAUCGGAGCCGGCAAAUUGGUCAUGCCGGAAUGCGUCGUUGGUGUGAAGCCCGCCGUCGCGAAGAAGGCCACCCCUGAUGGAGGCGGUCGUCAGAGGAGCACGUCGUUACCGGCGGGAUCCUCUAGCUCGCUCAUCAGUUUCGACUGCGCAGACUACGACGACGACCGUGACGAGCUGGACGUUGACGAUGAUGACGAAGAAGCUGCUGAAGUUGCCGGCAAAGCUGCUGAGCGCGUUGCUGUCAAAAAGGGUCGCACGCUACGUACUAGAACCGAUGAAGAGGAUGACUGAAACGCGCACGUUGAAAGAGCUUGUUUAUUUUCAAGGUGGUUGACGAAACAGACACGAGAGAGAAAGAGAACGAAAGUAGGCCUGCUUAAGUUCUUUUAAUUUAAUGAACUCUUGCCACUUUGUUUCUACUGCUAUAUAUUCCCACCUACAGCAAAAUCAAAGGGUAAGGGGUUGCCCUAUUGUGGAGGCCAUUGCAUUGCCAUUAAGUGUGAAUAUCAUUUCUCAUAUUCUCUAUGGGCACACAUGUAUUUGUGACUUUAGGCAGGUGGAUAGCAGCAAAGAGCAAACAUGAAGAAAAUUGUCAUCUUUCGCAAGUUGGGAGUUCUCACUGUGUGCGGUGUGAAGUGCGUGUAGUUUUUUGAAACACUGGGUACAGCAGCAAGCUCGCUGGUACUGUUUUUUUUUUUUUUCCACGUGUGUAAUUUGCACGCUUUAUUUAUGGCACAGCGGUUAUCAUCCCCA